GAUAAGCCAUUAGUGCGAAGAGAACGAAGAGGCAUAUAGCGUCGAGGAUCCUCGGCAGAUAAAGCCGGAAGAUGGACGAGGAACAAGUGAAAAUGCUCAGGAGGGCUUUCUCCAUGUUCGACUCGACCAAGUCGGGCAGCAUCGAGAAGGAAAAAGUGAGAACGAUCUUGAACACCCUGGGGCACACUUUCGAUGAUCACGAGCUGGAGGUGGUUCUCAAACAAGAGGACGAGGAAGGUAACGGUAAAUUAAAUUUCGACUCGUUCUACCGGGUGGCCUCCCACUUCCAAGAGGAGGACGACGAGGCUUUGCAGAAGGAACUCAAGGAGGCUUUCAGGCUAUACGACAAAGAAGGCAACGGCUAUAUCCCGACGAGCUCUCUGCGCGAGAUCCUCGCCGCUCUGGACGAUCAGAUAACGCCCGAUCAAAUGGACGGGAUGAUCGCUGAAAUCGAUACCGACGGAUCCGGCACCGUUGACUUUGACGAGUUCAUGGAAAUGAUGACCGGAGACUGAUCGCGAGAGGCUGUAACACGUCCGACGCGAGAAGGCAGCUUGCAUUUCCUUUCGACGACGCUGCUACGGUCGAACCUCCACGAAAAGGCUUCGAACAGCUCAAUGCUUCGGAAAAGGAUAGAAGAGGCAUUAUUAACCGUCCUUCAUUUCAUCUGUACAUUUCUUUCCACCAUCCUGUAACAACAUCUUUAAUU